CGCAUCACCAUCACCGCUCAUCUCCCGGGGCUUCGCAUCACUCGUCCGUUAGCCCAUCAUGAACGCCCGCUUCCUCCGUCCUUUUGCGAGGGCCGCUUUCCGCGCGCCCACCGCCGUCCGCCCCGCCGUCAUGGCGCGCCCUGCGCUCGCCGUGAGCCAGAAUAAGAAGACCGAGGUCGGACCCCAGCAGAUGACGAUGCUCAAGUCGGCGAUGCCCCAGCUCAUCCCCUUCUUCUUCGUCAACGAGACCACCGUGGCUUUCGUUCUGCUGCCCUCGCUCAUCUACAUCUUCUCCAAGUACAUUCUCCCUCAGCGCGUGCGCCUGUUCGCCGCCCGUCUCUUCAUCAGCAAGUUGUAAGCGAGGGAAACGAUCUCGGGGAAAUAAGGGAGGACCAAAUGUGUACAAAUAGCGGAUAUGUGCUCAUAGACAAUUGAUUGGCAUUGCACGAGGAAUUGCGGAGCUCCACACACAACAUGACAUCGAAUGCCGGUGCUGGGAUCCGCCCAAUUUGCGAUUAGUGAAGCAAGAGUU